AUGGAGGCCGAAGGUGAAAAAGCGAAAGCAGUUGGGUGCCCUUCGGAAACGGUGAGUUUGGUGUAAAUAUCAUUGUAGUUUGGAGACACGUGAAUGCAACCGUGCGGUCAUUGACAUUCACAUCAGACAGUACAGAUUUCAGACUCGCAUAUCAUUCUCAGUGAAUACACAUUCAAGUUAACUAUUUAGCCUACGGCACAUCGUUGACCAAAUAUGGAAGACUUUUGCAAUUUAGGCUGUUCACAGCCUAUUUUUCCGUGAGAUCGACGAGAUCAAGGGCUUAUUGUUACGGGCGGCCAUCUUUGUUUCAAAUGAGAUUAUAGCGGUGGGAAAGCGGGGCGGGGUGUGGUGGUGGCAGUGGGGGGGGGGGGGGGUGGUGGUAGUAGGGGUGAGAAAAAGGGAGGGACUGGCUACUGUCGCAACAUCAUUGACAGUCGAAUUCAAGGCCAUUGUUGUUGACUAUGGGUUUAAUUCCAGAUUGCGGACAUGGACAAGUUGUUCACUAGUAGUUAUUUCUAUAAAACACUCUCAUAAAACUUAUUUUCCUACAUUUGUUUUAAUUAUAGCUCUAAUUAUCCAUGAAUUAGGGCUAGGAGACAAAAGAAAUUGUGAAUCAAACUAGGUUUAACCUCCUGUGACACAUAUUAUAAGUCUUAGAUAAUUUUGGCUUAAUUGUUUACCUUUAACCACAGACCACAAGUUUGGAGACAAAGGAGUUUAUUGUCAGACUGCAAAGCUGAGAUGCAAAACCAUGAGUUGACAAUAUAACUCCAAAACUGUAAGGGUGGGAGGGAAUUAGGGUAGUGAAAUGAGCUUGACCGCAGUUCAACUAAAAUAAACUGACUAACACUUGAUGAACACAGUGAGCGCUCUUAUUACAAUGCUUGCGUCAUUAUCAAAAUUAAUUGUCCUUACUGAAAUGAUGAUUGACACAUUUGUUUACCUUUAACCACAGACCACAAAUUUGGAGACAAAGGAGUUGUCAGGCUGCAAAGCUGAGAUACAAAUUAACUAUGAUUUGACAAUAUAACUCGAACACCCAAACCGAAAACGAAAGGUGGUCGGUGGUUACAUGAGAGUAAAAUAUUAAAUACACUUCAACAACAAAAAUAGCUAGUAGUAACAAAAUUAAAGAAAUGUCAAUAAAACGCUAAUUGAUGAAUUUUAGAAGGCACAGAAUUAACCUCACUGUGUUUUUGUGUUGGAGACAUCUCUAAAUAAACUUAGUACACAUCGCUGCUCCAAUCGCCUUGAAGCUUGAUAAGAUCUGCUGGAACGUUACAUGCAAAGGCAAACAAAGCGCUGCCAUGGCAAAAACUAUGUGGAGAAUAAGCACGUGUGUCUAAACCUAAUGCUGUGAUGACCUUGGCUAAAAAUUUAGAAAAAUGAUAAUAAGAAAUAGGUUGCGUUGAUUGAACAGAUGGUGAUCUGACUGAAAAAAGAGAAUCUGAUGGCCCAACCGAAUUGAGACGAAGAUGAUUAAUAACAGCCAUUACCGGACAAAGGGGCGAACCCGAUAUAAUGGGGAGAGGAAUAGAAAGGGCCCGUUGAAGAAACUGAAUCAUCUUAGUAGCGCGAAUGUGUAAAAACACUCCAUUGGGAGAAAUGUGUAAGUCUAAAUGACGAGGAACCUUUUGUAGCGAAAUGAGCUUGACUGCAGUUCACCUAAAAUAAACUGACUAAUUAAUGCUUGACAAACACAAUGCUCUUAUUACAAUGCUUGCAUCAUUAUCACAAUGUUAUUAAUCAUCCUCACUGAGGUGAUGGUUGACAUGUAUUAAUGGCUUUUUUUUUCAGUCCCUUGCAGGGAAAGCAAGCAUUUGUCAAGGAUGUCCAGGGCAAUAUCUUUGCAGUCAGCAAGGUGAAAAGUUAACAAUGUAUACCCUGUAUUUUCUUCAUGUAUUAAUAAACCCUACAUGUACAGUGUAUUUUGAUUAAAGUCGAACCUGUCUAAUAUAGACACCCAAGGGACAGAGCGAAGUGUCCAUGUUAGAGAGGUGUCCGUAUAAAAGAGGUCACUAUGAUGACUUCACUUUUAUGACUCCACUUACAGUUUUAAAUGCUCAGUAGCCUAAACCAGGUGUACAGUCAUUUUUAAACUGCAUUUAAAGUUAUUAAUUCACAGUACAAAUACACCGUCUUUUAGUAGCAUACAACAUUGUACAUCUCAGCAACAGACAAAUUACUGUUAUAAAAUGAAGCGAGCUAAAGCGCAAUGCUGCAUAUAAAAUGUUGUAACGUAAAGCACAAUUCUGAAAAUUCUGUCUUUUGCUAUUUUGCAAGUGCAGUAAACAGUAACUAGAGUAAAAAAUGUAAGAGAAAAGAUCUUUAUGCUAUCUGUAGUCAUUGAAGCGUUCAAAAAGUAGGUUAUGUUCCUCUGCACACCUUUCGCAAAUCGUUGUGUGGUAUACUAUACAGCGACUGGGCUUUAUAUCACCUUGCAUAGCUCAUCAGCCAGACUAGACAGGAUUCACCCUGUGCAGAUUCACCUGAUCGGGAUUCGGGAUGCGGGAUUCGCUUGAUCUCCGCAGUUUCCGUAAUAAAGAGGUUAAGUUUAUAUGAAUUUACUCUCUGGGACCAGGAUUUAGUGUCCGUUGUCCGUAUUAGAGAGAGUCCAUAUUAUAGAGGUUUUUUUAUAGCAAAUAUAUGAGAAUUUUGUCGGGACAUUGGAAACCAUCCGUGAUAAAGAGGUGUCCAUAUUAGAGAGGUGUCCGUACUGAGAGGUUGGACUGUACUCAAAGCUGACCUCAUUUUAAUGCAUGCUGGAUUUUUUGUUUUGUUAUUUUUAUUUGAAAACUGCACUGCUAGAUAAUAAUUAAGAAGCAUGGUUGGCCCCUCUCCUCUAUUUUUCUUGUUGAUGCCAACAGCCCUCAAAUUUUGCUUAAAUCAGAGUGUGUAAUUACCACACCUGUGAGCAGAGCUUGAUUUUGUCUUCCCGAGUAAGGAGGAUAAAAAGAGGCUCUACCUGAAUCACAUCAAAACUUUGAGGUCACCAUAGCCCAAACUUGUGGACUAGUCAAUCCUUCUCUCUCUCUCUCUCGUCAGACUGUUUUUUUUAGUGCGAGCAUCCAUUUAUUAAUAAACCAAUGGUCACAACUGAGCCUGCUGUAGCAAGUGCAUGGUUAUUAGGCCUGAGUUCUAAAUUAUAUGCUAGCAACAUGCUGCGCAUGCUCAACAAAGAUCUUACUUGAUUCAUGCAGAGUCUUUCUUGAGAAUGCAAAAAUAGAGCAAGCAAAAGAAAGGGUCACCUCUUCUGGCAGGGCAGUAUUAGCACAAUAAGGUGGGCAAAAGAGCGUGGGUCAAAAAUCCAGUAAUCAGUGUCUCCAAUAGGGUUCCUCAAUCCUGACAUCCUGACCCAAAUUUUUGCUCAAUCCUGUUAUUGCAAUUACGAUUAUUUUUGACAUAUGCAUCUCAUGCUCGCUUUCAAUCCCUAAUCUCAGCCUCAUCUUAACUUCUUUUUAAAAGAUCCCAAAUCUUAGCCUUCAAUCUCAACCUUCAAAUACAGUAAAAAUGCACAUAUAAGAACCUUAAAUUUAAGAACCUGUGAGUCUAAAAUUUUCAUUUUAAACCCCUUUUUCAUAAGAACCUGUUUAGCCUGAAAUUUUCAAUAGGCUUAUUUUACAAAAACAAAGGCACAGAUGAAAAUACAGCCGAAAAAAAUUAAGGCUAGGUUUCGGUCAGUAUACUGCAGCAUGAGAGACAUGCAUGCUAGUACUUUGGAAAGAUAAGAUUGUAUUCUAGAUAAUUAUUUAAAACAGCAACAUAUUCCAUAUCACAUAUGCCCCGUAUUAGUUAUCUGUGCUGAUCACUGGUGCCCCUAUCAAAUUGAGAACCUAUUUAAGAACCUAAGUAGCCUAAAAUCCCACUAAAUACAUGUACCAUUUCUAUAAGAACCGCUGUUUAGGCUAAGCUGGAAAAAUCUAGGUUCUUAUGCUUGGGUUUUAUUGUAAUUAAUACAAGUCUUGGAUCCAAAAAAUCUUGUGUAACUACCUCUCACAGUAACUAGUAUCAGUAACUACCUCUUAACAUGUAACAGGUGCUGUAGACCCAGAUCAAGAAAUGAUUGAUUUGCGAAUGAAUGCAGUCAAACACAAGAUUCUCAUUUUGUCUGGAAAAGGAGGUAUGGACAAGAAAAAGUAUUAGUGUAUGGUUAGAGGUUGUAAUGAAGGUAGUACAUUUUGUACUGAUCUAUCAAUUUGGUUUUGUUUUAAAAAUAAUUAUUAAUAAAACUAGUAAUAACCAAAGGUUACAGAAUGCAGGUGACAAUAGACUGCGAACAGUCUCUCUUUUUCUUCAGAUUUAGUAUGGGGAGUGCACGCGCUUGCGAGCGUUGAGAGAUGCAAGAAACGAGGGCGGCAGCAGUCACGCCGUAGUCCAUUGGCGUGUCUCAGACGUUUUGCUCGACGGACCAAGAAAAAAGAGAGACUGCUCGUAGUCUAAGGGAACAAUGAUUGAAGGUUGAAACGCUUUUGCUCAAUCACUGCACUUUGCGUAAGUUUGUACGUGACAGACAGUCAAAGAACGCGUGAUCAGAUUAUGAGUGAUAGAGGGUCCAACUCUCUUGAUCAAAUUGCAUUCUGUGCAUUCCAUUCAUUCUUAGUGGAAGUCCAAACAAAUGCUGGCUACAUACGUGUGAUGCAUGCAUAAUAACAGGCUAGAGAUUAGGAAUGCAGCUCCUCUUAUCGCCAGCAAUUAAUUACCUUUUUGGGGAUGGAUGGGGUGGUACAUGGGGCGCUUAUACUAUUUACACAAGUCAUCCGAAUGGACAUCUUCUGCAUAAACAAAAUUAUAAAAUUGAAUGUGGUUAGAGAAGGACUUAGUACAAAGUAUACAGUACCCAAAUGAUGCCUGGACAGACUACUACAUCGCCUUGAAUCACAGCCCAUAUUUUCUGAAAUAUUUGAAAUAGAAUGGUGCGAACCUUUUGAUUUCCAACGGAAAUUUCCAGUUUUCCCAUGUAAAAACUUAAUGGUACAUGUCAGUACAUGUAGCACUACUGUUCAUAGUAAAUUUUUUAUCAUUAUUAUUAUUAAUAUUAUUGUAGCAUUAUUGUACUCCCUAGCUUGCUUCUUUAGUCUCUCAAGCACCUAGCCCAACAGUAAGAAUAGCGACAACAGCAACAACACUGACAACAGCGAUAACAGUAGCAACAGCGACAAAAGCUACAACAGUGACAACAGUAUCAAGAGUGACAACACUGACAAACUCAACAACAGCGAAACCAGUGAACAAAGUGACAACCAUGACAACACUGACAACACUGACCACAGUGACAACAGUGACAACAGUGACAACAACAACAGCAACAACAGCGAAACCAGUAAACACAGUGACAACCAUGACAACACUGACAACACUGACUACAGUAACAACAGUGACAACAGUGACAACAAUGACAACGGCAACAACAGUGACAAAACUGACAACAGCGACAACAAUGAUAACACUGACAACAGUGACAACAGCCACAACAGUGACAACACUGACAACACUGACAACACUGAUUACAGUGACAACAGUGACAACACUGACAACAGCAACAACAGUGAAACCAGUAAACACAGUGACAACCAUGACAACACUGACAACACUGACUACAGUGACAACAGUGACAACAAUGACAACGGCAACAACAGUGACAAAACUGACAAAAGCGACACUGAUAACACUGACAACACUGACAACAGUGACAACAGCGACAGCGGUGACAACAGUCACAACAGUGACAACACUGAUAACACUGACAACACUGACUACAGCGACAACACUGAUAACACUGACAACACUGACAACAGUGACAACAGCGACAACGGUGACAACAGUCACAACAGAAAAAAUGGUGACAACGGUGACCACACCGGCAAGUGACAACAGUGACAACGGUGACAACGGUGACAAUGGUGACGACUGUGACAACGAUGACAACAGUGACAACGGUGACAACAGUGACAACAGUGACAUCGGUGACAUCGGUGACGACUGUGACAACGAUGACAACGAUGACAACUGUGACAACACUGACAACGGUGACAACUGUGACAACAGUGACAAAUUUGACAACGGUGACAACUGUGACAACAGUGAAAAAUUUGACAACGGUGACAACAGUGACAACGGUGACAACGGUGACAACUGUGACAACAGUUACAACGGUGACAACAGCAACAACAGUGACAACAGUGACAACGGUGACAACGCUGACAAAGUGACAACGGUGACAACAGUGACAAUGGUGACGACUGUGACAACGAUGACAACUGUGACAACACUGACAAUGGUGACAACUGUGACAACAGCAACAACGAUGACAACGAUGACAACUUUGACAACACUGACAACGGUGACAACUGUGACAACAGUCAGUGUGACAACGGUGACAACAGUGACAACGGUGACGACUGUGACAACUGUGACAACAGUGACAACGGUGACAACAGUGACAACGGUGACAACCGUGACAAUGGUGACAAAAGCAACAAUAGUGACAACAUUAACAACGGUGACAACAGUGACGUCGGUGACGACUGUGACAAUGAUGACAAUGAUGACAACUGUAACAACAUUGACAACGGUGACAACAGUGACAACGGUGGCAACAGUGACAACGGUGACAACAGUGACAAUGGCGACAAAAGUGACCACUGUGAGAAUGGUGACAACAGUGACAACGGUGACAUUGGUGACAACAGUGACAACGGUGACGACUGUGACGACUGUGACAAAGAUGACAACUGUGACAUCAAUGACAACAGUGACAACUUUGACAACAACGACAACGGUGACAACAGUUACAAAUGUGACAACGGUGACAACGGUGACAACGGUGACAACGGUGACAACUGUCACAACUGUGACAACAGUGAAAACGGUGACAACAGUGACAACAGUGACGACAGUGACAAUGGUGACAGUGACAGUGACAACAAUGACAAUGAUGACAACUGUGACAACACUGACAAUGGUGACAACUGUGACAACAGCGACAACGAUGACAACGAUGACAACUUUGACCACACUGACAACGGUGACAACUGUGACAACAGCGACAACUGUGACAACAGUGACAAAUGUGACAACGGUGACAACGGUGACGACUGUGACAACUGUGACAACAGUGACAACGGUGACAACAGUAACAACGGUGACAACAGUGACAACGGUGACAACGGUGACGACUGUGACAACUGUGACAACAGUGACAACGGUGACGACUGUGACAACGGUGACAACAGUGACAACGGUGACAACAGUGACAACAGUGACAACAGUGACAACGGUGACAAUGGUGACAACGGUGACAACAGUAACAAUGGUGAAAACAGUGACAACGGUGACAAUGGUGACAACAGUGACAACUGUGAAUACGGGGACAACAGUGACAAUGGUAAUGACUGUGACAACGAUGACAACGAUGACAACGAUGACAAGUUGACAACACUGACAACAGUGACAACAGCGACAACGGUGACAAAAGGGACAAAUGUGACAACAGUGACAACAGUGACAGCGGUGACGACUGUGACAACAGUGACAACGGUGACGACUAUGACAACAGUGACAACAGUGGCAACGGUGACAACGGUGACAACCCUGACAACGGUGACAUAGGGAACAAUAGUGACAACAUUGACAACAGUGACAACAGUCACAACGGUGACAACGGUGACAACAGUGACAAUGGUGACACCAGUGACAACAGUGACAACGGUGACAACGGUGACGACUGUGACAACUCUGACAACAGUGACGACUGUGACAACAGUUACAACAGUGACCACGGUGACAACAGUCACAACGAUGACAACUGUGACAACUGUGACAACUGUGACAACUGUUACAACAGUGACAACGGUGACGACUGUGACAACAGAGACAACAGUGACAACGGUGACAACAGUGACAACGGUGACAACUGUGACAGCAGUGACAACGGUGACGACUGUGACAACAGAGACAACAAUGACGACUGUGACAACAGAGACAACAGUGACAACGGUGACAACAGUGUACAACGGUGACAACAGUGACAACGGUGACAACAGUGACAACGGUGACAACGGUGACAACUGUGACAACUGUGACAACAGUGACAACGGUGACGACUGUGACAACGGUGACAACAGUGACAACGGUGACAACAGUGACAACGGCGACAACAGUGACAACGGUGACAAUGGUGACAACGGUGACAACAGUAACAAUGGUGAAAACAGUGACAACGGUGACAAUGGUGACAACAGUGACAACGGUGAAUACGGGGACAACAGUGACAAUGGUAAUGACUGUGACAACGAUGACAACGAUGACAACGAUGACAAGUUUGACAACACUGACAACAGUGACAACAGCGACAACGGUGACACCAGGGACAAAUGUGACAACAGUGACAACAGUGACAACGGUGACGACUGUGACAACAGUGACAACGGUGACAACUAUGACAACAGUGACAACAGUGGCAACGGUGACAACGGUGACAACCCUGACAACGGUGACAUAGGGAAUAGUGACAACAUUGACAACAGUGACAACAGUCACAACGGUGACAACGGUGACAACAGUGACAAUGGUGACACCAGUGACAACGUUGACAACGGUGACAACGGUGACGACUGUGACAACUCUGACAACAGUGACGACUGUGACAACAGUUACAACAGUGACCACGGUGACAACAGUGACAACGGUGACAACUGUGACAACUGUGACAACUGUGACAACUUUACAAAGUGACAACGGUGACGACUGUGACAACAGAGACAACAGUGACAACGGUGACAACAGUGACAACGGUGACAACUGUGACAACAGUGACAACGGUGACGACUGUGACAACAGAGACAACAGUGACGACUGUGACAUCAGAGACAACAGUGACAACGGUGAAAACAGUGUACAACGGUGACAACCGUGACAACGGUGACAACAGCAACAAUAGUGACAACAUUGACAAUGGUGACAACAGUGACAUCGGUGACAACAGUGACAAUGGUGACAACAGUGACAACGAUGACGACGGUGACGACUGUGACAAUGAUGACAAUGAUGACAACUGUAACAACAUUGACAACGGUGACAACUGUGACAACAGUGACAACGGUGACAACAGUGACAACGGUGACAACCGUGACAACGUGACAACAGCAACAAUAGUGACAACAUUGACAAUGGUGACAACAGUGACAACGGUGACAACAGUGACAAUGGUGACAACAGUGACAACGGUGACGACGGUGACGACUGUGACAAUGAUGACAAUGAUGACAACUGUAACAACAUUGACAACGGUGACAACUGUGACAACAGUGAGAACGGUGACAACAGUGACAACGUUGACAACAGUGACAACAGUGACAUCGGCGACAACAGUGACAACGGUGAUGACUGUGACGACUGUAACAACAAUGACAACUGUGACAACACUGACAACGGUGACAACAGUGACAAAUGUGACAACGGUGACAAGAGUGACAAGAGUGACAAAGGUGACAACGGUGACGACUGUGACAACUGUGACAACAGUGACAACGGUGACAACAGUGACAACGGUGAAAACGGUGACAACAGUGACAAAGGUGACAACUGUGACAACAGUUACAACGGUGACCACAGCAACAGCAGUGACAACGGUGACAACAGUGACAAAUGUGACAACGGUGACAACAGUGACAAGAGUGACAAAGGUGACAACGGUGACAACUGUGACAACUGUGACAACAGUGACAACGGUGACAACAGUGACAACGGUGAAAACGGUGACAACAGUGACAACGGUGACAACUGUGACAACAGUUACAACGGUGACAACAGCAACAGCAGUGACAACAGUGACAACGGUGACAACGGUGAAAACAGUGACAACGGUGAGAACGAUGACAACGGUGACAACAGUGACAACAGUGACGACAGUGACAAUGGUGACGACUGUGACAACAAUGACAAUGAUGACAACUGUGACAACACUGACAAUGGUGACAACUGUGAGAACAGCGACAACGAUGACAAUGAUGACAACUUUGACCACACUGACAACGGUGACAACUGUGACAACAGCGACAACUGUGACAACAGUGACAAAUGUGACAACGGUGACAACGGUGACAACGGUGACGACUGUGACAACUCUGACAACAGUGAUGACUGUGAGAACAGUGAGAACAGUGACAACAGUGACAACGGUGACAACAGUGACAACGGUGACGACUGUGACAACUGUGACAACAGUGACAACGGUGACAACAGUGAAAACGGGGACAACAGUGACAACGGUGACAACGGUGACGACUGUGACAACUCUGACAACAGUGACAACGGUCACGACUGUGACAACGGUGACAACAGUGACAACGGUGACAACAGUGACAACGGUGACAACAGUGACAACGGUGACAAUGGUGACAACGGUGACAACAGUAACAAUGGUGAAAACAGUGACAACGGUGACAAUGGUGACAACAGUGACAACGGUGAAUACGGGGACAACGGUGACAAUGGUAAUGACUGUGACAACGAUGACAACGAUGACAACGAUGACAAGUUUGACAACACUGACAACAGUGACAACAGCGACAACGGUGACAACAGUUACAACAAUGACAACAGCAACAGCAGUGACAACAGUGACAACGGUGACAACGGUGACAACAGUGACAACGGUGACAACGGUGACAACGGUGACAACAGUGACAACAGUGACGACAGUGACAAUGGUGACAUAGGGAACAAUAGUGACAACAUUGACAACAGUGACAACAGUCACAACGGUGACAACGGUGACAACAGUGACAAUGGUGACACCAGUGACAACGGUGACAACGGUGACAACGACUGUAACAACUCUGACAACAAUGACGACUGUGACAACAGUUACAACAGUGACCACGGUGACAACAGUGACAACGGUGAGAACUGUGACAACUGUGACAACUGUGACAACAGUGACAACCGUGACGACUGUGACAACAGAGACAACAGUGACAACGGUGACAACAGUGACAACGGUGACAACUGUGACAACUGUGACAACAGUGACAACGGUGACGACUGUGACAACAGAGACAACAGUGACGACUGUGACAUCAGAGACAACAGUGACAACGGUGACAACAGUGUACAACGGUGACAACCGUGACAACGGUGACAACAGCAACAAUAGUGACAACAUUGACAAUGGUGACAACAGUGACAACGAUGACGACGGUGACGACUGUGACAAUGAUGACAAUGAUGAGAACUAUAACAACAUUGACAACGGUGACAACUGUGACAACAGUGACAACGGUGAGAACAGUGACAACGGUGACAACCGUGACAACGUGACAACAGCAACAAUAGUGACAGACGACUGUGACAACAGUGACAACACUGACAACGGUGACAACAGUGACAGCGGUGACAACCGUGACAACGGUAACAACAGCAACAACGACGGUGACGACUGUGACAAUGAUGACAAUGAGGACAACUGUAACAACGGUGACAACAGUGACAAUGGUGACGACAGUGACAAUGGUGACGACGGUGACGACUGUGACAAUGAUGACAAUGAUGACAACUGUAACAACAUUGACAACGGUGACAACAGUAACAACGGUGACAAAAGUGACCACUGUGACAAUUGUGACAACAGUGACAACAGUGACAACGGUGACAACAGUGACAACAGUGACAUCGGUGAAAACAGUGACAACGGUGGCCACUGUGACGACUGUGACAACGAUGACAACUGUGACAAUACUGACAACGUUGACAACUGUGACAACAGCGACAAUGGUGAGAACAGUGACAAAUGUGACAACGGUGACAACAGUGGCAAUGGUGACAACGGUGACAACGGUGACAACAGUGACAAUGGUGACAACAGUGACAACGAUGACGACGGUGACGACUGUGACAAUGAUGACAAUGAUGACAACGGUGACAACUGUGACAACAGUGACAACUGUGACAACAGUGACAACGGUGACAACCGUGACAACGUGACAACAGCAACAAUAGUGACAACAUUGACAAUGGUGACAACAGUGACAACGGUGACAACGGUGACAACAGUGACAAUGGUGACAACAGUGACAACGGUGACAACGGUGACAACGGUGACGACUGUGACAAUGAUGACAAUGAUGACAACUGUAACAACAUUGACAACGGUGACAACUGUGACAACAGUGACAACGAUGACAACAGUGACAACGGUGACAACAGUGACAACGGUGACAACAGUGACAUCGGCGACAACAGUGACAACGGUGACGACUGUGACGACUGUAACAACGAUGACAACUGUGACAACACUGACAACGGUGACAACUGUGACAACAGCGACAACGGUGACAACAGUGACAACGGUGACAACGGUGACAACAGUGACAACGGUGACAACUGUGACAACAGUUACAACGGUGACAACGUUGACAACAGUGACAACGGUGAGAACAGUGACGACUGUGACAACGAUGACAACUGUGACAACACUGACAAUGGUGACAACAGUGACAACGGUGACAACAGUGACAAUGGUGACAACAGUGACAACGAUGACGACGGUGACGACUGUGACAAUGAUGACAAUGAUGACAACGGUGACAACUGUGACAACUGUGACAACAGUGACAACGGUGACAACCGUGACAACGUGACAACAGCAACAAUAGUGACAACAUUGACAAUGGUGACAACAGUGACAACGGUGACAACGGUGACAACAGUGACAAUGGUGACAACAGUGACAACGGUGACAACGGUGACGACUGUGACAAUGAUGACAAUGAUGACAACUGUAACAACAUUGACAACGGUGACAACUGUGACAACAGUGACAACGGUGACAACAGUGACAACGGUGACAACAGUGACAACGGUGACAACAGUGACAACGGUGACAAAAGUGACAACGGUGACGACUGUGACGAAUGUGACAACGAUGACAACUGUGACAUCACUGACAACGGUGACAACUUUGACAACAGCGACAACGUUGACAACAGUUACAAAUGUGACAACGGUGACAAGAGUGACAACGGUGACAACGGUGACGACUGUGACAACUGUGACAACAGUGACAACGGUGACAACAGUGACAACGGUGACAACGGUGACAACAGUGACAACGGUGACAACUGUGACAACUGUUACAACGGUGACAACAGCAACAACAGUGACAACAGUGACAACGGUGACAACGCCGACAACAGUGACAACGGUGACAACAGUGACAAUGGUGAUGACUGUGACAACGAUGACAACUGUGAGAACACUGACAAUGGUGACAACUGUGACAACAGCGAUAACGAUGACAACGAUGACAACUUUGACAACGGUGACAACUGUGACAACAGCGACAACGGUGACAACAGUGACAACGGUGACAACGGUGACGACUGUGACAACUGUGACAACAGUGACAACGGUGACGACUGUGACAACAGUGAUAACAGUGACAACGGUGACAACAGUGACAGCGGUGACAACAGUGACAACGGUGACAAUGGUGACAACAGUGACAAUGGUGACAACAGUGACAACGGUGACGACGGUGACGACUGUGAUAAUGAUGACAAUGAUGACAACUGUAACAACAUUGACAACGGUGACAACUGUGACAACAGUGACAACGGUGACAACAGCAACAAUAGUGACAACAUUGACAUUGGUGACAACAGUGACAACGGUGACAACAGUGACAAUGGUGACAACAGUGACAACGGUGACGACGAUGACGACUGUGACAAUGAUGACAAUGAUGACAACUGUAACAACAUUUUCAACGGUGACAACUGUGACAACAGUGACAACGGUGACAACUGUGACAACAGUGACAACGGUGAGGACUGUGACGACUUUAACAACGAUGACAACUGUGAGAACACUGACAACGGUGACAACUGUGACAACCGCGACAACGGUGACAACAGUGACAAAUGUGACAACGGUGACAACGGUGACAACGGUGACAACGGUGACAACGGUGAGGACUGUGACAACUGUGACAACAGUGACAACGGUGACGACUGUGACAACAGUGAUAACAGUGACAACAGUGACAGCGGUGACAACAGUGACAACGGUGACAAUGGUGACAACAGUGACAAUGGUGACAACAGUGACAACGGUGACGACGGUGACGCCUGUGACAAUGAUGACAAUGAUGACAACUGUAACAACAUUGACAACGGUGACAACUGUGACAACAGUGACAACGGUGACAACCGUGACAACGGUGACAACAGCAACAAUAGUGACAACAUUGACAUUGGUGACAACAGUGACAACGGUGACAACGGUGACAACGGUGACAAUGGUGACAACAGUGACAACGGUGACGACGGUGACGACUGUGACAAUGAUGACAAUGAUGACAACUGUAACAACAUUGACAACGGUGACAACUGUGACAACAGUGACAACGGUGACAACAGUGACAAUGGUGAUAACAGUGACAACAUUGACAACAGUGACAUCGGUGACGGUGACAACAGUGACAAAUGUGACAACGGUGAGAAGAGUGACAACUGUGACAACACUGACAAUGGUGACAACUGUGACAACAGCGACAACGAUGACAACGAUGACAACUUUGACAACACUGACAACGGUAACAACAGCAACAAUAGUGACAACAUUGAACGUGGUGACAACAGUGAGAACGGUGACAACGGUGACAACAGUGACAAUGGUGACAACAGUGAUGUCGGUGACGACUGUGACAAUGAUGACAAUGAUGACAACUGUAACAACAUUGACAACUGUGACAACAGUGACAACGGUGACAAAAGUGACCACUGUGACAAUGGUGACAACAGUGACAACAGUGACAUGUGUGAAAACAGUGACAACGGUGACAUUGGUGACAACAGUGACAACGGUGACGACUGUGACGACUGUGACAAAGAUGACAACUGUGACAUCACUGACAACAGUGACAACUUUGACAACAACGACAACGGUGACAACAGUUACAAAUGUGACAACUGUGACAACGGUGAGAACGGUGACAACUGUGACAACUGUGACAACAGUGACAACGGUGACAACAGUGACAACGGUGACAACUGUGACAACAGUUACAGCGGUGACAACAGCAACAGUAGUGACAACGGUGACAACGGUGACAACGGUGACAACGGUGACAACAGUGACAACAGCGACAACAGUGACAAUGGUGACGACUGUGACAACAAUGACAACGAUGACAACUGUGACAACACUGACAAUGGUGACAACUGUGACAACAGCGACAACGAUGACAACGAUGACAACUUUGAUCACACUGACAACGGUGACAACUGUGACAAUAGUGACAAAUGUGACAACGGUGACAACGGUGACGACUGUGACAACUCUGACAACAGUGAUGACUGUGAGAACAGUGACAACAGUGACAACGGUGACAACAGUGACAACGGUGACGACUCUGACAACAGUGACAAUGGUGACAACAGUGACGUCGUUGACGACUGUGACAAUGAUGACAAUGAUGACAACUGUAACAACAUUGACAACUGUGACAACAGUGACAACGGUGACAACAGUGAUAACGGUGACAACAGUAACAACGGUGACAAAAGUGACCACUGUGACAAUGGUGACAACAGUGACAACAGUGACAUGUGUGAAAACAGUGACAACGGUUACAUUGGUGACAACAGUGAGAACGGUGACGACUGUGACGACUGUGACAAAGAUGACAACUGUGACAUUACUGACAACAGUGACAACUUUGACAACAACGACAACGGUGACAAGAGUUACAAAUGUGACAACGGUGACAACGGUGACAACGGUGACAACGGUGACAACUGUGACAACAGUGACAACGGUGACAACAGUGACAACGGUGACAACUGUGACAACAGUUACAACGGUGACAACAGCAACAGCAGUGACAACAGUGAGAACGGUGACAACAGUGACAACAGUGAGAACGGUGACAACGGUGACAACAGUGACAAUUGUGACGACUGUGACAACAAUGACAACGAUGACAACUGCGACAACACUGACAAUGCUGACAACUGUGACAACGAUGACAACGAUUAAACCUUUGACCACACUGACAACGGUGACAACUGUGACAACAGCGACAACUGUGACAACAGUGACAAAUGUGACAACGGUGACAACGGUGACAACGGUGACAACGGUGACGACUGUGACAACUCUGACAACAGUGAUGACUGUGAGAACAGUGACAACGGUGAGAAAAGUGACAACGAUGACAGCAGUGACAACGGUGACGACUCUGACAACAGUGACAACGGUGACAACAGCAACAAUAGUGACAACAUUGACAAUGGUGACAACGGUGACAACGGUGACGACUGUGACAACUCUGACAACAGUGAUGACUGUGAGAACAGUGACAACGGUGAGAAAAGUGACAACGAUGACAGCAGUGACAACGGUGACAACGGUGACGACUGUGACAACUGUGACAACAGUGACAACGGUGACGACUCUGACAACAGUGACAACGGUGACAACAGCAACAAUAGUGACAACAUUGACAAUGGUGACAACAGUGACAACGGUGACAAUGGUGAGAACGGUGACAACAGUAACAAUGGUGAAAACAGUGACAACGGUGACAACAGUGACAACGGUGAAUACGGGGACAACAGUGACAAUGGUAAUGACUGUGACAACGAUGACAACGAUGACAAGUUUGACAACAUUGACAACAGCGACAACAGCGACAAUGGUGACAACAGGGACAAAUGUGACAACAGUGACAACAGUGACAACGGUGACGACUGUGACAACAGUGACAACGGUGACGACUAUGACAACAGUGACAACAGUGGCAACGGUGACAACGGUGACAACCGUGACAACGGUGACAUCAGCAACAAUAGUGACAACAUUGACAACAGUGACAGCCGUCACAACAGUGACAACGGUGACAACAGUGACAAUGGUGACGACAGUGACAAUGGUGACGACGGUGACGACUGUGACAAUGAUGACAAUGAUGACAACUGUAGCAACGGUGACAACAGUGACAACGGUGACAACGGUGACAACGGUGACAACAGUGACAACAGCGACAACAGUGACAACAGUGACAUCGGUGAAAACAGUGCCAACGGUGGCCACUGUGACGACUGUGACAACGAUGACAACGAUGACAACUGUGACAAUACUGACAACGUUGACAACUGUGACAACAGCGACAAUGGUGAGAACAGUGACAAAUGUGACAACGGUGACAACAGUGGCAAUGGUGACAACGGUGACGACUGUGACAACUGUGACAACAGUGACAACGGUGACAACGGUGACAACGGUGACAACAGUGACAACGGUGACAACUGUGACAACAGUUACAACGGUGACAACGUUGACAACAGUGACAACGGUGACAACAGUGACGACUGUGACAACGAUGACAACUGUGACAACACUGACAAUGGUGACAACAGUGACAACGGUGCCAACAGUGACAAUGGUGACAACAGUGACAACGAUGACGAUGGUGACGACUGUGACAAUGAUGACAAUGAUGACAACGGUGACAGCUGUGACAACAGUGACAACUGUGACAACAGUGACAACGGUGACAACCGUGACAACGUGACAACAGCAACAAUAGUGACAACAUUGAGAAUGGUAAACAACAGUGACAACGGUGACAACGGUGACAACAGUGACAAUGGUGACAACAGUGACAACGGUGACAACGGUGACGACUGUGACAAUGAUGACAAUGAUGACAACUGUAACAACAUUGACAACGUUGACAACUGUGACAACAGUGACAACGAUGACAACAGUGACAACGGUGACAACAGUGACAACGGUGACAACAGUGACAACAGUGACAAUGGUGACGACUGUGACAACAAUGACAACGAUGACAACUGUGACGACUGUAACAACGAUGACAACUGUGACAACACUGACAACGGUGACAACUGUGACAACAGCGACAACGGUGACAACAGUGACAAAUGUGACAACGGUGACAAGAGUGACAACGGUGACAACGGUGACGACUGUGACAACUGUGACAACAGUGACAACGGUGACAACAGUGACAACGGUGACAACGGUGACAACAGUGACAACGGUGACAACUGUGACAACUGUUACAACGGUGACAACAGCAACAACAGUGACAACAGUGACAACGGUGACAACGCCGACAACGGUGACAACGGUGACAACAGUGACAAUGGUGAUGACUGUGACAACGAUGACAACUGUGAGAACACUGACAAUGGUGACAACUGUGACAACAGCGAUAACGAUGACAACGAUGACAACUUUGACAACGGUGACAACUGUGACAACAGCGACAACGGUGACAGCAGUGACAACGGUGACAACGGUGACGACUGUGACAACUGUGACAACAGUGACAACGGUGACGACUGUGACAACAGUGAUAACAGUGACAACGGUGACAACAGUGACAGCGGUGACAACAGUGACAACGGUGACAAUGGUGACAACAGUGACAAUGGUGACAACAGUGACAACGGUGACGACGGUGACGACUGUGACAAUGAUGACAAUGAUGACAACUGUAACAACAUUGACAACGGUGACAACUGUGACAACAGUGACAACGGUGACAACCGUGACAACGGUGACAACAGCAACAAUAGUGACAACAUUGACAUUGGUGACAACAGUGACAACGGUGACAACGGUGACAACAGUGACAAUGGUGACAACAGUGACAACGUUGAUGACGGUGACGACUGUGACAAUGAUGACAAUGAUGACAACUGUAACAACAUUGACAACGGUGACAACUGUGACAACAGUGACAACUGUGACAACUGUGACAACGGUGAUAACAGUGACAACAUUGACAACAGUGACAUCGGUGACAACAGUGACAACGGUGACGACUGUGACGACUCUAACAACGAUGACAACUGUGAGAACACUGACAACGGUGACAAUUGUGACAACCGCGACAACGGUGACAACAGUGACAAAUGUGACAACGGUGACAAGAGUGACAACGGUGACAACGGUGACGACUGUGACAACUGUGACAACCGUGACAACGGUGACAACAGUGACAACGGUGACAACGGUGACAACAGUGACAACGGUGACAACUGUGACAACUGUGACAACGGUGACAACAGCGACAACAGUGACAACAGUGACAACGGUGACAACGCUGACAACAGUGACAACGGUGACAACAGUGACAAUGGUGACGACUGUGACAACGAUGACAACUGUGAGAACACUGACAAUGGUGACAACUGUGACAACAGCGAUAACGAUGACAACGAUGACAACUUUGACAACGGUGACAACUGUGACAACAGCGACAACGGUGAAAACAGUGACAACGGUGACAACGGUGACGACUGUGACAACUGUGACAACAGUGACAACGGUGACGACUGUGACAACAGUGAUAACAGUGACAACGGUGACAACAGUGACAGCGGUGAGAACAGUGACAACGGUGACAAUGGUGACAACAGUGACAACGGUGACGACGGUGACGCCUGUGACAAUGAUGACAAUGAUGACAACUGUAACGGUGACAACUGUGACAACAGUGACAACGGUGACAACCGUGACAACGGUGACAACAGCAACAAUAGUGACAACAUUGACAUUGGUGACAACAGUGACAACGGUGACAACGGUGACAAUGGUGACAACAGUGACAACGGUGACGACGGUGACGACUGUGACAAUGAUGACAAUGAUGACAACUGUAACAACAUUGACAACGGUGACAACUGUGACAACAGUGACAACGGUGACAACAGUGACAACGGUGAUAACAGUGACAACAUUGACAACAGUGACAUCGGUGACAACAGUGACAACGGUGACGACUGUGACGACUGUAACAACGAUGACAACUGUGAAAACACUGACAACGGUGACAACUGUGACAACAGCGACAACGGUGACAACAGUGACAACAGUGACAAAUGUGACAACGGUGAGAAGAGUGACAACUGUGACAACACUGACAAUGGUGACAACUGUGACAACAGCGACAACGAUGACAACGAUGACAACUUUGACAACACUGACAACGGUAACAACAGCAACAAUAGUGACAACAUUGACAGUGGUGACAACAGUGAGAACGGUGACAACGGUGACAACAGUGACAAUGGUGACAACAGUGAUGUCGGUGACGACUGUGACAAUGAUGACAAUGAUGACAAAUGUAACAACAUUGACAACUGUGACAACAGUGACAACGGUGACAAAAGUGACCACUGUGACAAUGGUGACAACAGUGACAACAGUGACAUGUGUGAAAACAGUGACAACGGUGACAUUGGGGACAACAGUGACAACGGUGACGACUGUGACAAAGAUGACAACUGUGACAUCACUGACAACAGUGACAACUUUGACAACAACGACAACGGUGACAACAGUUAAAAAUUUGACAACUGUGACAACGGUGACAACGGUGACAACGGUGACAACUGUGAGAACAGUGACAACGGUGACAACAGUGACAACGGUGACAACUGUGACAACAGUUACAGCGGUGACAACAGCAACAGUAGUGACAACGGUGACAACGGUGACAACGGUGACAACGGUGACAACAGUGACAACAGCGACAACAGUGACAAUGGUGACGACUGUGACAACAAUGACAACGAUGACAACUGUGACAACACUGACAAUGGUGACAACUGUGACAACAGCGACAACGAUGACAACGAUGACAACUUUGAUUACACUGACAACGGUGACAACUGUGACAAUAGUGACAAAUGUGACAACGGUGACAACGGUGACGACUGUGACAACUCUGACAACAGUGAUGACUGUGAGAACAGUGACAACAGUGACAACGGUGACGACUCUGACAACAGUGACAAUGGUGACAACAGUGACGUCGUUGACGACUGUGACAAUGAUGACAAUGAUGACAACUGUAACAACAUUGACAACUGUGACAACAGUGACAACGGUGACAACAGUGAUAACGGUGACAACAGUAACAACGGUGACAAAAGUGACCACUGUGACAAUGGUGACAACAGUGACAACAGUGACAUGUGUGAAAACAGUGACAACGGUUACAUUGGUGACAACAGUGAGAACGGUGACGACUGUGAUGACUGUGACAAAGAUGACAAGUGUGACAUCACUGACAUUAGUGACAACUUUGACAACAACGACAACUGUGACAACAGUUAAAAAUGUGACAACGGUGACAACGGUGACAACUGUGACAACUGUGACAACAGUGACAACGGUGACAACAGUGACAACGGUGACAACUGUGACAACAGUUACAACGGUGACAACAGCAACAGCAGUGACAACAGUGACAACGGUGACAACAGUGACAACAGUGAGAACGGUGACAACGGUGACAACAGUGACAAUGGUGACGACUGUGACAACAAUGACAACGAUGACAACUGUGACAACAGUGACAAUGCUGACAACUGUGACAACGAUGACAACGAUUAAACAUUUGACCACACUGACAACGGUGACAACUGUGACAACAGCGACAACUGUGACAACAGUGACAAAUGUGACAACGGUGACAACGGUGACAGCGGUGACAACUGUGACAACUCUGACAACAGUGAUGACUGUGAGAACAGUGACAACGGUGAGAAAAGUGACAACGAUGACAGCAGUGACAACGGUGACAACGGUGACGACUGUGACAACUGUGACAACAGUGACAACGGUGACGACUCUGACAACAGUGACAACGGUGACAACAGUGACAACGGUGACAACGGUGACAACAGCAACAAUAGUGACAACAUUGACAAUGGUGACAACAGUGACAACGGUGACAAUGGUGACAACGGUGACAACAGUAUCAAUGGUGAAAACAGUGACAACGGUGACAACAGUGACAACGGUGAAUACGGGGACAACAGUGACAAUGGUAAUGACUGUGAGAACGAUGACAACGAUGACAAGUUUGACAACAUUGACAACAGUGACAACAGCGACAAUGGUGACAACAGGGACAAAUGUGAGAACCGUGACAACAGUGACAACGGUGACGACUGUGACAACAGUGACAACGGUGACGACUAUGACAACAGUGACAACAGUGGCAAUGGUGAAAACGGUGACAACCGUGACAACGGUGACAUCAGCAACAAUAGUGACAACAUUGACAACAGUGACAACCGUCACAACGGUGACAACGGUGACAACAGUGACAAUGGUGACGACAGUCACAAUGGUGACGACGGUGACGACUGUGACAAUGAUGACAAUGAUGACAACUGUAGCAACGGUGACAACAGUGACAAUGGUGACGACAGUGACAAUGGUGACGACGGUGACGACUGUGACAAUGAUGACAAUGAUGACAACAGUAACAACGGUGACAAAAGUGACCACUGUGACAAUUGUGACAACAGUGACAACAGUGACAACGGUGACAACAGUGACAACAGUGACAACAGUGACAUCGGUGACAACAGUGACAACGGUGGCCACUGUGACGACUGUGACAACGAUGACAACGAUGACAACUGUGACAAUACUGACAACGUUGACAACUGUGACAACAGCGACAACGGUGAGAACAGUGACAAAUGUGACAACGGUGACAACGGUGACAACGGUGACAACAGUGACAACAGUUACAACGGUGACAACGUUGACAACAGUGACAAUGGUGACAACAGUGACGACUGUGACAACGAUGACAACUGUGACAACACUGACAAUGGUGACAACAGUGACAACCGUGACAACAGUGACAAUGGUGACAACAGUGACAACGAUGACGACGGUGACGAGUGUGACAAUGAUGACAAUGAUGACAACGGUGACAACUGUGACAACAGUGAAAACUGUGACAACAGUGACAACGGUGACAACCGUGACAACGUGACAACAGCAACAAUAGUGACAACAUUGACAAUGGUGACAACAGUGACAACGGUGACAACGGUGACAACAGUGACAAUGGUGACAACAGUGACAAUGGUGACAACGGUGACGACUGUGACAAUGAUGACAAUGAUGACAACUGUAGCAACAUUGACAACGGUGACAACUGUGACAACAGUGACAACGAUGACAACAGUGACAACGGUGACAACAGUGACAACGGUGACAACAGCAACAAUAGUGACAACAUUGACAAUGGUGACAACAGUGACAACGGUGACAAUGGUGACAACGGUGACAACAGUAACAAUGGUGAAACAGUGAUAACGGUGACAACAGUGACAACGGUGAAUACGGGGACAACAGUGACAAUGGUAAUGACUGUGAGAACGAUGACAACGAUGACAAGUUUGACAACAUUGACAACAGUGACAACAGCGACAAUGGUGACAACAGGGACAAAUGCGACAACAGUGACAACAGUGACAACGGUGACGACUGUGACAACAGUGACAACGGUGACGACUAUGACAACAGUGACAACAGUGGCAACGGUGACAACGGUGACAACCGUGACAACGGUGACAUCAGCAACAAUAGUGACAACAUUGACAACAGUGACAACCGUCACAACGGUGACAACGGUGACAACAGUGACAAUGGUGACGACAGUGACAAUGGUGACGACGGUGACGACUCUGACAAUGAUGACAAUGAUGACAACUGUAGCAACGGUGACAACAGUGACAAUGGUGACGACAGUGACAAUGGUGACGACGGUGACGACUGUGACAAUGAUGACAAUGAUGACAACUGUAACAACAUUGACAACGGUGACAACAGUAACAACGGUGACAAAAGUGACCACUGUGACAACUGUGACAACAGUUACAGCGGUGACAACAGCAACAGUAGUGACAACAGUGACAACGGUGACAACGGUGACAACAGUGACAACAGUGACAACAGCGACAACAGUGACAAUGGUGACGACUGUGACAACAAUGACAACGAUGACAACUGUGACAACACUGACAAUGGUGACAACUGUGACAACAGCGACAACGAUGACAACGAUGACAACUUUGAUCACACUGACAACAGUGACAACUGUGACAAUAGUGACAAAUGUGACAACGGUGACAACGGUGAGGACUGUGACAACUUUGACAACAGUGAUGACUGUCAGAACAGUGACAACAGUGACAACGGUGACAACAGUGACAACGGUGACGACUCUGACAACAGUGACAAUGGUGACAACAGUGACGUCGUUGACGACUGUGACAAUGAUGACAAUGAUGACAACUGUAACAACAUUGACAACUGUGACAACAGUGACAACGGUGACAACAGUGAGAACGGUGACAACAGUAACAACGGUGAGAAAAGUGACCACUGUGACAAUGGUGACAACCGUGACAACAGUGACAUGUGUGAAAACAGUGACAACGGUUACAUUGGUGACAACAGUGAGAACGGUGACGACUGUGACGACUGUGACAAAGAUGACAACUGUGACAUUACUGACAACAGUGACAACUUUGACAACAACGACAAUGGUGACAAGAGUUACAAAUGUGACAACGGUGACAACGGUGACAACUGUGACAACUGUGACAACAGUGACAACGGUGACAACAGUGACACCGGUGACAACUGUGAGAACAGUUACAACGGUGACAACAGCAACAGCAGUGACAACAGUGACAACGGUGACAACAGUGACAACAGUGAGAACGGUGACAACGGUGACAACAGUGACAAUGGUGACGACUGUGACAACAAUGACAACGAUGACAACUGUGACAACACUGACAAUGCUGACAACUGUGACAACGAUGACAACGAUUAAACCUUUGACCACACUGACAACGGUGACAACUGUGACAACAGCGACAACUGUGACAACAGUGACAAAUGUGACAACGGUGACAACGGUGACAACGGUGACAACGGUGACGACUGUGACAACUCUGACAACAGUGAUGACUGUGAGAACAGUGACAACGGUGAGAACAGUGACAACGAUGACAGCAGUGACAACGGUGACAACGGUGACGACUGCGACAACUGUGACAACAGUGACAACGGUGACGACUCUGACAACAGUGACAACGGUGACAACAGUGACAACGGUGACAACAGCAACAAUAGUGACAACAUUGACAAUGGUGACAACAGUGACAACGGUGACAAUGGUGACAACGGUGACAACAGUAACAAUGGUGAAAACAGUGACAACGGUGGCAACAGUGACAACGGUGAAUACGGGGACAACAGUGACAAUGGUAAUGACUGUGACAACGAUGACAACGAUGACAAGUUUGACGACAUUGACAACAGUGACAACAGCGACAAUGGUGACAACAGGGACAAAUGUGACGACAGUGACAACAGUGACAACGAUGACGACUGUGACAACAGUGACAACGGUGACGACUAUGACAACAGUGACAACAGUGGCAACAGUGACAACGGUGACAACCGUGACAACGGUGACAUCAGCAAUAAUAGUGACAACAUUGACAACAGUGACAACCGUCACAACGGUGACAACGGUGACAACAGUGACAAUGGUGACGACAGUGACAAUGGUGACGACGGUGACGACUGUGACAAUGAUGACAAUGAUGACAACUGUAACAACGGUGACAACAGUGACAAUGGUGACGACAGUGACAAUGGUGACGACGGUGACGACUGUGACAAUGAUGACAAUGAUGACAACUGUAACAACAUUGACAACGGUGACAACAGUAACAACGGUGACAAAAGUGACCACUGUGACAAUUGUGACAACAGUGACAACAGUGACAACGGUGACAACGGUGACAACAGUGACAACGGUGACAACAGUGACAACGGUGACAACAGUGACAACAGUGACAUCGGUGACAACAAUGACAACGGUGACGACUGUGAUGACUGUAACAACGAAGACAACUGUGACAACACUGACAACGGUGACAACUGUGACAACAGCGACAACGGUGACAACAGUGACAAAUGUGACAACGGUGACAAGAGUGACAACGGUGACAACGGUGACGACUGUGACAACUGUGACAACAGUGACAACGGUGACAACAGUGACAACGGUGACAACAGUGACAACGGUGACAACGGUGACAACUGUUACAACGGUGACAACAGCAACAACAGUGACAACAGUGACAACGGUGACAAUGCCGACAACAGUGACAACGGUGACAACAGUGACAAUGGUGACGACUGUGACAACGAUGACAACUGUGAGAAAACUGACAAUGGUGACAACUGUGACAACAGCGAUAACGAUGACAACGAUGACAACUUUGACAACGGGGACAACUGUGACAACAGCGACAACGGUGACAACGGUGACGACUGUGACAUCUGUGACAACAGUGACAACGGUGACGAUUGUGACAACAGUGAUAACAGUGACAACGGUGACAACAGUGACAGCGGUGACAACAGUGACAACGGUGACAAUGGUGACAACAGUGACAAUGGUGACAACAGUGACAACGGUGACGACGGUGACGACUGUGACAAUGAUGACAAUGAUGACAACUGUAACAACAUUGACAACGGUGACAACUGUGACAACAGUGACAACGGUGACAACCGUGACAACGGUGACAACAGCAACAAUAGUGACAACAUUGACAUUGGUGACAACAGUGACAACGGUGACAACGGUGACAACAGUGACAAUGGUGACAACAGUGACAACGGUGACGACGGUGACGACUGUGACAAUGAUGACAAUGAUGACAACUGUAACAACAUUGACAACGGUGACAACUGUGACAACAGUGACAACGGUGACAACUGUGACAACGGUGAUAACAGUGACAACAUUGACAACAGUGACAUCGGUGACAACAGUGACAACCGUGACGACUGUGACGACUGUAACAACGAUGACAACUGUGACAACACUGACAACGGUGACAACUGUGACAACAGCGACAACGGUGACAACAGUGACAAAUGUGACAACGGUGACAAGAGUGACAACGGUGACAACGGUGACGACUGUGACAACGGUGACAACAGUGACAACAGUGACAACAGUGACAACGGUGACAACGGUGACAACAGUGACAACGGUGACAACUGUGACAACUGUUAUAACGGUGACAACAGCAACAACAGUGACAACAGUGACAACGGUGACAACGCCGACAACAGUGACAACGGUGACAACAGUGACAAUGGUGACGACUGUGACAACGAUGACAACUGUGAGAACACUGACAAUGGUGACAACUGUGACAACAGCGAUAACGAUGACAACUAUGACAAUUUUGACAACGGUGACAACUGUGACAACAGCGACAACGGUGAAAACAGUGACAACGGUGACGACUGUGACAACUGUGACAACAGUGACAACGGUGACGACUGUGACAACAGUGAUAACAGUGACAACGGUGACAACAGUGACAGCGGUGACAACAGUGACAACGGUGACAAUGGUGACAACAGUGACAAUGGUGACAACAGUGACAACGGUGACGACGGUGACGACUGUGACAAUGAUGACAAUGAUGACAACUGUAACAACAUUGACAACGGUGACAACUGUGACAACAGUGACAAUGGUGACAACCGUGACAACGGUGACAACAGCAACAAUAGUGACAACAUUGACAUUGGUGACAACAGUGACAACGGUGACAACGGUCACAACAGUGACAAUGGUGACAACAGUGACAACGGUGACGACGGUGACGACUGUGACAAUGAUGACAAUGAUGACAACUGUAACAACAUUGACAAUGGUGACAACUGUGACAACAGUGACAACGGUGACACCAGUGACAACGGUGAUAACAGUGACAACAUUGACAACAGUGACAUCGGUGACAACAGUGACAACGGUGACGACUGUGACGACUGUAAGAACGAUGACAACUGUGACAACACUGACAACGGUGAGAAGAGUGACAACUGUGACAAUGGUGACAACUGUGACAACAGCGACAACGAUGACAACGAUGACAACUUUGACAACACUGACAACGGUAACAACAGCAACAAUAGUGACAACAUUGACAGUGGUGACAACAGUGACAACGGUGACAACGGUGACAACAGUGACAAUGGUGACAAUAGUGACGUCGGUGACGACUGUGACAAUGAUGACAACUGUAACAACAUUGACAACUGUGACAACAGUGACAACGGUGACAAAAGUGACCACUGUGACAAUGGUGACAACAGUGACAACAGUGACAUGUGUGAAAACAGUGACAACGGUGACAUUGGUGACAACAGUUACAACGGUGACGACUGUGACGACUGUGACAAAGAUGACAACUGUGACAUCACUGACAACAGUGACAACUUUGACAACAACGACAACGGUGACAAUAGUUACAAAUGUGACAACUGUUACAACGGUGACAACGGUGACAACUGUGACAACGGUGACAACUGUGACAACAGUUACAGCGGUGACAACAGCAACAGUAGUGACAACAGUGACAACGGUGAUAACGGUGACAACAGUGACAACGGUGACAACGGUGACAACGGUGACAACAGUGACAACAGCGACAACAGUGACAAUGGUGACGACUGUGACAACAAUGACAACGAUGACAACUGUGACAACACUGACAAUGGUGACAAGUGUGACAACAGCGACAACGAUGACAACGAUGACAACUUUGAUCACACUGACAACGGUGACAACUGUGACAAUAGUGACAAAUGUGACAACGGUGACAACGGUGACGACUGUGACAACUCUGACAACAGUGAUGACUGUGAGAACAGUGACAACAGUGACAACGGUGACAACAGUGACAACGGUGACGACUCUGACAACUGUGACAACAGUGACAACGGUGACAAAAGUGACCACUGCGAGAAUGGUGACAACAUUGACAACAGUGACAACAGUGACAACGGUGACAACGGUGACAAUGGUGACAACGGUGACAACGGUGACAACGGUGACAACAGUGACAAUGGUGACGACUGUGACAACGAUGACUACGAUGACAACGAUGACAACUUUGACAACACUGACAACGGUGACAACUCUGACAACAGCGCGACGGUGACAACAGGGACAAUUGUGACAACAGUGACAACAGUGACAACGGUGACGAGUGUGACAAUAGUGACUACAGUGACAACGGUGACGACUGUGACAACAGUGACAACAGUGACAACGGUGACAACAGUGACAACGGUGACAACCGUGAAAGCGGUGACAUCAGCAACAAUAGUGACAACAUUUACAACAGUGACAACCGUGACAACAGCGACAAUGGUGACGACAGUGACAACGGUGACAACAGUAACAACGGUUUCAAAAGUGACCACCGUGACAAUUGUGACAACAGUGACAACAGUGACAACGGUGACAACAGUGACAACUGUGACAACAGUGACAACGGUGACGACUGUGACAACAGUGACAAAAGUGACAACGGUGACAACAGUGACAACGGUGACAACGGUGACAACAGUGAUAAUGGUGACAACAGUGACAACAGUGACGUCGGUGACGACUGUGUCAAUGAUGACAAUGAAGACAACUGUAACAACAUUGACAACGGUGACAACUGUGACAACAGUGACAACGGUGACAACAAUGACAACGGUGACAACCGUGACAACGGUGACAACAGCAACAAUAGUGACAACAUUGACAACGGUGACAACAGUGACAACGGUGACAACGGUGACAACAGUGACAACGGUGACAACCGUGACAACGGUGACAACAGCAACAAUAGUGACAACAUUGACAACGGUGACAACAGUGACAACGGUGACAACGGUGACAACAGUGAGAAUGGUGACAACAGUGACAACGGUGACAACGGUGACGACUGUGACAAUGAUGACAACUGUGACAACAUUGACAAAGGUGACAACUGUGACAACAGUGACAACGGUGAUAACAGUGAGAACGGUGACAAAAGUGACCACUGUGACAAUGGUGACAACAGUGACAACAGUGACAACGGUGACAACAGUGACAACAGUGAUAAUAGUGACAGCGGUGACAACAGUGACAACGGUGACGACUGUGACGACUGUGACAACGAUGAUGACGAUGACAACUGUGACAACACUGACAACGGUUACAACUGUGACAACAGCGACAACGGUGACAAUAGUGACAAAUGUGACAACGGUGACAACAGUGACAACGGUGACGACUGUGACAACUGUGACAACAUUGACAACGGUGAUAACAGUGACAACGGUGACAAAGGUGACAACAGUGACAACGGUGACAACUGUGACAACAGUUACAACGGUGACAACAGCAACAACAGUGACGACAGUGACAAAAGUGACCACUGUGACAAUGUUGACAACAGUGACAACAGUGAGAACGGUGACAACAGCAACAACAGUGACAACAGGGACAACGGCGAUAAUGGCGACAACAGUGACAACGGUGACAACAGUGACAACGGUUACGACGGUGACAACGGUGACGACUGUGACAAUGGUGACAACGGUGACAAUGGUGAGAACAGUGAGAACAGGGACAACACUGACGACUGUGACAACGAUGAGAACGGUGACAACACUGAUAAUGGUGACAAAUGUGACAACAGCGACAACGGUGACAACAGCGACAACGGUGACAACUGUGACAACAGUGACAAAAGUGACAAAAGUGACCACUGUGACAACGGUGACAACAGUGACAACGGUGACAACGGUGAUAACGUUGAGGACUCUGACAACAGCGACAACGGCGACAACAGUGACAACGGUGACAACAUCGACAACUGUGACAACGGUUACAACACUGACAAAAGUGACCACGGUGACGACUGUGACAAUGGUGACAACAGUAACAACGGUGACAACAGCGACAACGGUGACAACAGUGACAACGGUGAGAACAGUGACAACAGCGAGAACGACGACAACAGUGACAACAGUGGCAAUGGUGACAACAGUGACAACAGUGACAACUUUGAGAACAGCGAUAACGGUGACAACAGUGACAGCAGUGACAACAGCGACAACCGUGACGACAGCGACAGCAGUGACAACAGCGACAAUGGUGACAACAGCGACAACAGCAGCCACGGUGACAUCAGGAACAACAGUGACAACAGCGAAAACAGCGACAACAACGACAACGGUGACAACUGUGACAACAGUGACAAUGGUGACAACAGCGACAACGGUGACAACAAUGACAACGGUGACAACUGUGACAACAGCGACAACGUUGACAACAGCGACAAUGCUGACAACGGUGAGAACGGUGACAACAGCGACAGCGGUUGCAAAAGCUACAACACUGACAACACUGACAACGGCGAUCACAGAGACAACAGUGACAACAGCGACAACAAAGACAAUUGUGACAAAAGCGACAACAGUGACAACAGAGACAACGGCGACCACAGAGACAACAGUGACAACAUGCAUGUGUCACAUGUCUUUAGCCAGGAUUCCUUUUUACUUGUAUUAACAGUAACAAUCACGUAUGGAAUGUACAAAACGAACUUUUAUUACGCUUGUUUGGACCCACCAUCACUCGUAAUCUGGUCACGCGUGUUUUGAACAUUUGUUACGUGAAACCUACGCAAAGUACAGUGCAGGAGCAAAAGUGCUUUGAGCUUUGACCGUUUUCUUCUGCACUUCGUAACCUUAUUAUUAUUAUUGUUAUUAUUAUUAUUAGUAUAGGUAAUAGCAUGAUUUGUAGUGAUAUUUGGCAUAAAUACCAGUAGUGUUAUACAAAAUUUCACGAGCCGUUAGGCGAGUGAAAUUUGAGACAAUUUUGAAAGAUCAUAAGUGGUAUUUAUGCUAAAUAUCACGUACAAAUCAUGCUGUUACAACUACUACCCACAAAAAGUUUGUAAUUUUCACAUGUAGGUAUUUCAAAUUAAGCUGAAAUACCACUGCUCUAAGCCAAUCAAAUUGCAGAAAUUUCUCAUGUAGUAGUAUCACUAUUAUUAAUAUUAUUUUAUUAUUAUUAUUAUUAUUAUUAUUGUCUACUUCUUACUUUAGGAUUACGUGUAGGCUUGUAGAUGGUGGAGAAACUUUGUUGGAGGCUUUAUGUCCUAUCACUUCUCUACCUAACCUUGCAUGAUGAUAGUUAGGCUACUUUCUCACCUGUUUGAAUACCGUUUCUGUUACUAAGUGAAGAAAUAAACAUUAGGAACUGUUGCUGCUUAAUUCUAGUGGUGUAACGGUUAAUCGAAUUCUCGAUUAAUCGCGAUUCACGAUUCUUUGCCUCCACGUUUCGACUUUGCUUCGAUUUUUGCAUACCUUUUCCAGGGUGCCCUCAGUGAGUUAUUAUAUUGUAAAAUCAGAAUCCAGAACUCUUUAAAAUGUGCGUUUUUGAUUGACGAGCAAAGACGAUAGCAGUUCGUGCGCCAUUUUGUGUGGCCUGGUAAAAAUGCUGUCCUUCAACCACCUCCUGAGAAUUUACAAAUAAGGCAAACCAUCUUUGUCAUGUUCUAAAACAUGGCGACGAACCAAGCGACUGUGAAUCCUCCUGUCCCUGUCACUAUUCUCAAGUUGAGGGUUUAGGGUUGCAUGUUGUUAACACUACACGUUAUGUUAUAAUAAUUAAGAAACACGUACAUAAUCGAAUCGAAAUAAUCGAAAUCGAAAGACAAUAAUCGAAAUCGAAUUGAAUCGCAAGGAAUAUGAAUCGUUACACCCCUUCUAAAUUCAUGGCGGAAUAAAAUAGAUCCUUUCCAGCUGGUUAUCAGUUACGUGGUACAAAAACACUCUUCUGUAGGGGAAGAAAUUAACCUACUGGGACAAGAUAGGUAAAGGAAGUUAGUUAACAUUUUAAACGAUGCAAACUCAUUGGCUGUCUUGUCCUAGUAGCUUCUUGCUCUCCAGUAAGGUGUUUUUUUUUUACCAUUUGACUGGUCAGCUGUACAGGCCCAUAAGGCCAAGAUUGACUUUGACUACAUCAUUUUUUUCGUAGGUGUCGGUAAAUCAAGCUUGGCAGCAACUCUUAGUAUGGCCCUUGCUAAAUUGGAUAAAAAGGUACCAGUAGUUUUGACUUUGAUAGCACCCACUCUUAACCCUUUAAGCCCCAAGAUCCACAUACAAAUUCUCCAGACUGAUCUCCAUACAUUUCUUUUAAGAAUAGUUGAGAGCAUUUGGUUUAAGAUCAAAGCAUUCUUCCUUUGGUAAUCAGUUUAGUAAUUCUCAUAACCUUUACUCUUGAUGAUCCGCUGAUGUUGUUAGGAGAAAAUUGAUGUUGGUCACUCUUGGGACCUAAGGGGUUAAGAGGGAAAAAUUCCUACUUUAUAAAAUUUUUCAGUUAAUGAGUUGCAAGUGGUGGACGUACGGGUUAAUGGCAAGACCCUUAAGCGACCAAUAACUAGAAUCACUCCGCUGGAGACUCCGGUCACCGAAGCGUUAUCAGAUUAAUGUGUAACAAGAAAAGUUCAAAGAACUAUGAUAUUUCAACUAAGGUUAUAUUUCAGUUAUUAUACUACUACAUGAGAAAUUUCUGCAAUUUGAUUGGCUUAGAGCAGUAGUAUCUCAGCUUAAUUUGAAAUACCUACAUGUGAAAAUUACAAACCUCUUGCGGGUAGUAGUAUAAACAAAUAAUAGCCUGAUUUGUACGUGAUAUUUGGCAUAAAUAUCCCUAGUGAUAUUUCAAAAUUGUCUCAAAUUUCACUCGCCUAACGGCUCGUGAAUUUACGUAUAACAAUUUCGAAAUAUCACUCGUGGUAUUUUAUGCCAAAUAUCACUACAAAUCAUGCUAUUACCUAUGCAAAUGUAUUCGAAUUUCAGAUCCUCUGUAAUUCGGGAGGGGAAGACAUGUAAUAGACAUUUUGCGUUGCGUUACACAUUACGUCAUGGUGUCAUGUGACUCUUUGGAGUUUUGACUCGGAACUUGGACUCGAGAAGCGUUGAGUUAGAUUAAGGAAUUUAGUUUGGAUUUAUUUGUUACUGUUUACGGAACAGACACAACAAGUACUCUUGUACUGAAAAUGCAAGGUACUGUCACCCUACUUUCCACGAAGCUAAAAGAUUGGUAUCUAUCGAUUGCAUUUCUUUGUUAGGUAGGGCUUGUAGACCUGGAUAUUUGUGGUCCAAGUGUACCCAAGUUAAUGGCUGUGGAAGGCAAGCAGGUCAUUAACUCACCUUAUGGAUGGACUCCUUUGAAGUAAGUCAUCAGAGGAGUGAUUCUAAACUAACUUAUAUGUAACUAAUUCGUCCGGCUCAUGUAAGGGAAUCCACGACAGUCUCGGAUUCUGGAUCCCAUGUUGCGGAUCCCAGAUUCCGGGUCCUUCUCAGGGAAUUUAGAUUGGGGAUUCGCCAUUUUCACAUAGACCAAUUUCUCCUGGGUAUUAUAGUCGUCCCAAGAGAAAUCGAAAACAAUGGUUAUGCAAAAUCUUGGGGGGUAAACAAGAUGUACUAUGGUCUAUGAGAAAAUGGUGAAUUCCACAAGCAAAAUGUUCCAGGAUUUCGGAAUCCUGAUUAUCAGACAUGAUGCGAACUAAUGUUCAGUCAUUGAGUUAGCGUUCGUAGAGGUUAUUCUCAUGCAAUCAGAGCAUAAAGGUUGUCUUGCUCAAAGGUGAAAGCAAAAAAGGAAAGGCUUGUUCUAUAGCUUGUUUGAAGCAAACUUGGAAACCCACAGACGGACUUUCAAUUGCUAGUUUGUUCCUUCCCUCACCCUCUCAUGGGAGCGUUUGUCAGACAUUUAUCAUACAAUUAACUGUUUUUUUUUCUGGUAGUUUAAUGUACUUUUUAAGUUAUUUAUUUGAAUGCAAUCUUUAUUCUCAGAUCUCCUCACUUUGAUGUGAAGGUCAUGUCAGUAGGCUCCUUGUUGGAGAAAACGGAUAAUGCGUAAGCUUAUUAUCAAAACUACUUUUUUAAUGACAGAAAGGAAGUAAAAUAUAUAAUGUUUCUUCAUUCUAAUCACUGUUAAUGUGCCAUUACUUCUAGUGGAGGGCUCUGAGUGUAUUCUAAAAGCAAUUCAACUAUUCGUCCAAAAUAUAUAUCCGUUUCUUAUUGGCUUAACCCCCCCCCCAGCCAAUUCAUGACCAGCUAGUAUUGACCAAAACAAUUUGGAAGAUGCACGCCGAUGGUAGCCCGCGAGCAAGCUCUCCUGGGGUCUUGGGGGUACUGUUGUGGGGCAGAGGACAAGAGCACCGGAGCUCCCCGGGAGAGUUUGCUCGCAGGCUACGCCAAUGUCAAAUCUUUCCCACAUUCCGCUCUAGUGAACAACAUACAAUGAAACGAGGUCAAAGCUUGCGUUGACAGUUUAUUUAAGAUCAGGUGUUUUUUUCUCACCAAAAGCCUCGUUCAUAAAAUGCAGGACGAAACCAGCCUCCUUUAAAUUUUCUAGCAACAUGCACUGCUAAGAUGCGCAAGCUCUUUUUCUAAAAAGCAAUAAGGAUUUUGUCCUUGUAAAUCAAUCUUUCUGUUUUAUCUUCAGGAUUAUAUGGCGUGGACCUAGAAAAACUGGUAUGUAGUGUAUGUAUUGUAAUAGUACGAGUUUUUUUUAGGAUAUUUAUAUAUUUGAGGCCUACUGCGUCUCAAAUUAUAUCAAUUAAACAGUGAACUAAUGCGUGAAAAUUCAUUUACCAAUUUCUCUAUGAAGGCUAUUUUGCCACAGUAAUGUUAUGUAAAACUUAAAUCACUACGAGAAAAAUGCCGUACUGAAAAGUAAUCGUAUCACUUUAUAGUGAAGAACAUAAAUAGAUGCAGGCAAAGUCCCAGGGUUUUAUUAGGUUUUUCGAGAAGAAUUUACAAUACAACUUUUUGUUUUUUUUUUCUUUCAGGUUUAAUUAAGCAGUUUCUCAAGGACACCUUCUGGGGAAGACUCGAUUUUCUCAUAUUUGGUGAGUAACAGAACUGCCCUUGCUGUAUAAAGUCAUUUUGCGCGGUCAAGUACAUCGCAAAGACUCAUUCCCCCAUUCUUGAGUUUGAAAUCAAAGAUGUGACAACUCAAGUAAAAGCUAUUCCCACUGUACCGUUUCUUGUUCCAAAUUCUUAUGUAUUUACUUCAGAAAACGAGAUCGUUAUAUCGAACAGUACUUUGUUAAGUUUUGUCCUGUCUUAGAGCGCGAACAUGAUGUCACGUGUCAUGCGCCGUGAGGAUGCGCACAAACCGUUAGCGUUUCGUGGGGUGCUAAUUUCAAAAAGUCAGUUUUAGCGAAGACAAGGUGAUGGACUGCGCAGAUCUAAAAAUAGACUUGACUAAUAGGCCAUUUGCAUGAUGGCGUCAUUUUGCUACUACGACCAGAAUCCUCUUCGUUUUUUCUUUCAUAUUCUAAUUUGGUAUUCCCAGUGAGGUUUCAAAAACAAAAGCCCUAAUUUACACAAGAAAGCAAAAUCCUGAAGGAUUCUGGUCGUCGUGGUAAAAUGACGUCAUCGUGCAAAUGGCCUAUUGCAGAACAGCAAUUUGAACACCGGAAAUCGAGGUCAUCGGUUUUAGCAUGCGUCCUCGUUUUACGUUGCGGUUUCUUUGCUAAAUCCGCGUAAUAUAUGCCCAAAAUUAUUGACUCGGGCAUCUGCUCUGUUACUAGACACUCCCCCAGGGACAUCAGACGAGCAUCUUACAGUAGUUAAAGCACUCAAGAAUGCCCGACCAGAUGGUGCAGUUGUUGUGACAACGCCCCAAGAAGUGGCGCUAGCUACCAUUCGUAAAGAACUCAACUUUUGUCGCAAAGUGGAUGUCAAAGUUCUAGGCAUCGUGGAGAAUAUGAGUGGUUUUGUUUGUCCUCACUGUCAGGUUGGUACGCACAAGUAAUAAACAUGUAGAAAGGUUCCUGUUGGACAAUGUAGGUCAAGAUUGAGCCUUGGGGUACUCUCUUAUAUAAGCUAUAUUGGUAUGUGCCACCCCAAAGGGUAUGGUUUCUGGGCCUUUUUGGUCUGAAAACGGGUAUACACUUUGCCCAUUUUGGUCUGGAAUCGGGUAUGGUUUUCGAGGGAAGUACGGGAGCUUAUGAACGUAGUUAUCGUUUCAAUUCCAAAUUAAUUAGAACGAAAUAGAAAUAUGCGAAUUCGAAAUGCACUUGAAAAAUGUUUUUCUUUACGCUCUAAUCUAAGCAAUUUCUGCCUAAAGGCCAGGUUUGAAAACGGGUUUGGUUUUUAGAGUUAAUGAAAAAAAUGACAUUUUUUGGUUUGAAAGAGGGUCAGGAUUUGGAGUACUGGGCGGCACACCCCCACCAAGAAUUUCCAGGAGUACCCCCUCCCCUCCCUUCGGGAGGAAUUCUCAAUGGAAGGAUUGUCUUAUCAGAGGUGAUCGCAUAUAGAGGUUUGUCUGUACUUAAAGUCAGGAUAUGCUUAGAAGAAUGUGAGGAUCUUAACCUGCAAAUAGAGGCUACCUUUUCGCGAUAUGAUCGCUUACUGGCUCUAUGUGUACAGUUCAUUACAUACUUCUUAUUCAUUAAUGCCUCUAUGAAAGACAUCGCUUUUGGUUAAUGUAUAGUUUUUGUGAUUCCUAUAAUGGCAGACACUUUGUUUGCUUUUGUCAGGAAUGCUCCAAUAUAUUUUCAACUGGUGGCGCUGGCAAACUUGCUGAUGAAUUUGGUGUCAAUUUUCUCGGCAGCAUUCCACUUGAUCAGGUAACAAACACUGAUUCAUAUAACACAGGUAGGCCAGCCUACACCACGGGGUAUAUAAGGGCCUAAGUUUACCCAAACUGCUUUGCGCCCCACACUAGUGUUCGACCGCACUGAAUCGCACUAAGCUCACUGAAGUCAAACCAGUAUUUUUAUACAGGUUAUUUCGCGCUCAAUGCACGUUCGCGUAAAUGCGAAUGUUUAAUAAGCGUGGUCACUCUCCAUUAAGCGGUCUUUCAUCAAAGAACCGAAAAUUUUUACGGCGUUCCUAAAUUGCUGGAAAACUGAGCAUUAAUCCGUUGCGGCCAGCGGGUAUUGCGUAGACCUGGAUCAGAAAAAAUGUUGAACAGUAAGGUGAAUAGCAGUAAGCUGAUCUGCAUCGCAAGAAGACUGAAUAGAUGAAUGAAUGAAUAAACAAAUUAGCAAGUAAAUCAAUCAAUCAAUCAAUCAAUCAAUGAUAAAUAAAUACGGACAGUUCUCUUGGGCCCAAAAGAAACUCCUUUGUAAUCAGUGUAGACGCAUUUCUUGGUCCUUUUUUAUGUUCGUAUGAAGGAAAUUUAUAUCCCUGCGGAAAUCCACUCACGCGUUUUGUUCUCAGUUAUUCUUUUCAUACCUUCGCUUUCCACAGAAUCUUUGUGUUUGCUGCGAACAAGGUUCAAACAUUUUUGAAUCCUUCCCGGAAUCACUUGCCGGGCAAGCUCUUCAAAGUGUAGCUUCAGAAUUAAUCAGAGUAUUGGGAGAGAAGUGACGUCAUAAUGACAGUGCAGCCGUCAACCAGAAGUCGAUCACGAUCAAAUGGCACCUUACGGGCAUGUGCAGUUCCAUGCACUUUUUAAAAGGUUACUCCAUGGUUACGAAACUCCCCCUUUUGUCGAUUUAUUUGCACAUGGAUUGAGAUAAAAAAACAGCCAGGUGCGAUAAGCGAUCUAUGCAACUUCCUAGUGGUGAUCCCGUAGCAACCACCCUGCAACGGUUGAGAAACCAUGCACUUGCUGUUUGCAGGGUAAUAGCAACGAA